GCACUUGCGGUCACAUUAUUUUCAGCUCUCAAGAAUUGUAUUUCGGGUCAGGUUGAUUUCAUUGGAUAUAUUUAAAUUCCACCAUAUUAUGGCCGAUAACGCAGAACCACUGACUUUAUCUAGGGAUGUCAAAAGAUCGAUAGAGCUCCUGGAAAAACUGCAGGCAAGUGGGGACUUUCCCACAACAAAACUGGCUGCCCUGCAAAAGGUGCUCAACUCUGACUUCAUGACCUCCGUCCGGGAGGUGUACGAGCACGUCUACGAGACGGUGGACAUCCAGGGAUCCCACGACGUGAGGGCCUCCGCCACUGCCAAGGCCACCGUGGCUGCCUUCGCCGCCAGCGAGGGUCAUGCACAUCCUCGGGUGGUCGAACUGCCCAAAACCGAGGAGGGCUUAGGUUUUAACGUAAUGGGAGGCAAGGAGCAAAAUUCGCCAAUCUAUAUAUCCCGUAUAAUACCUGGAGGAGUUGCUGACAGGCAUGGUGGUCUGAAAAGGGGAGAUCAACUUCUAUCUGUCAAUGGAGUGUCUGUCGAAGGAGAAAAUCACGAAAAGGCAGUUGAGCUGUUAAAGCAGGCUGUUGGUUCUGUAAAGCUGGUAGUACGCUACACUCCAAAGGUUCUUGAAGAAAUGGAAAUGCGUUUUGAUAAGCAACGCAACACACGUCGCCGCCAAUAAAGCACGGCAGAAACUUAAGCCAUAGUAGUUUUUGCCAUUCAUACUGUUGUUCACGUGUGCGUAAAUCAAACCCUAUACGAAUAAUUAAUUUAAUACAAAUACCAUUUAAUUAUUAUUUAUUACAACCAAAUCUGAAAAUAACUCUUAAAUCGUAAAAAGUCAGUGUUAUGUAUUUAUACCUAAAGUACCGAGUUGGUUUCUGUUCCAAUAAAAAUAAAUAAUUGUCAAAAA